AUGGCUGACACUGAUGUGAAGGUCUUAGGCUCAUGGCUGAGCCCGUAUGUCAACCGCGUCGCGAUGGCUCUGAAGCUCAAAUCCAUCAAGUACGAGCUCGUCGAAAUGAAUCCUCACCAAAAGACUGAACUUCUUGCCAAACACAACCCCAUCCACAAGAAAGUCCCUGUCCUAAUCCACGCUGAUCGUUCAAUAUGCGAAUCGCUCAUCAUUGUUCAAUACAUCGACGAAUCUUGGCCUAAUGGCCCCUCCAUCCUCCCCUCCGAUCCACACGACCGGUCCGCGGCGCGCUUUUGGGCAGCUUACAUAGAUGAUAAGUGGAGUCCGUUGUUUCGGGAGGUGAAGGAGGCGAAAGACGAUGACGAGAAAAGGGUAGUAAUGGAGAAAAUCCAAUCAGGGCUGGUCUUACUGGAGGAGGCUUUUGUAAUGUGCAGCAAAGGCAGAGAUUUCUUCAAUGGAGAUGAGGUUGGGUAUCUGGACAUAGCUCUUGGCAGUUUCUUGGGAUGGAUUGGAGUGACGGAGACGAUGAUCGGAAUUAAGGUGCUUGAUGCAGCCAUGGCUCCUAACCUUGUAUCCUGGGCUGAUAGGCUUUAUUGCAGCAGCUCUGUUAAGGAUGUCAUGCUUCAAACACCAGCCCUCCUAGAAGUUCUCAAGAAGUUGAAAGCUGCUAAGGAUGACUGA